GCGAGAUGCUCACGCUUGUGCUUCUGGUCGCUUCGGCGUGCACGGCGGUCCGGGCGCGGCCGUCGCUCAACUACCUGGAGGAGCCCUACGCUAACGAGUCCACCCAGUCCGGGUCGGAGGAGGUCCGCUCGGCCGCCAUCAAGCGACUCCUGGCGGUGUUCGGCAUGGACGACCCGCCCGCAGCCGUCACGCACCGACGCAAGCAGCCUCCGCAGUACAUGCUGGACCUGUACAACACCGUGGCCGACGUGGACGGCGUGACCAAGGACCCCUACCUGCUCGAAGGCAACACCGUGAGGAGUUUCUUUGACAAGCUUCGCAGCGAGCAGGUGGAGUUCCGGUUCAACCUGUCCACCGUCGCCAGAACGGAGAAGAUCCUCACGGCCGAGCUCCACCUUUUCAAGCUGCGACCUCAGUCCGCGCUGACGUUCAAUAGGCAUCACUUCUGCCAGGUUAGCAUCUACCAGCUGCUGGAGAGCACUAAAGGCAACAAGACGCAAGAGAAGAAGCUGCUGUCUUCUCGACUCAUUCCGGUCAACUCUAACGGUUGGGAGGUGUUCACCAUCACUCAAGCCGUCCGCUCGUGGACGGUGGACGAGGAUAGCAACCUGGGGCUCCACGUGUUGGUGCGGACCAUUGGGGGAAGCCAGAUGGACCUGAAAAUGAUUCGCUUUGCGUCGGGACGCAACCACCACCAGAGCAAGCAGCCCAUGCUGGUGCUGUUCACGGACGACGGACGUCGGCGCUCCACUACUCUGGAGAGCACAGAUCCAGACAAUCCCCAAGUUACCUCCAUCUUGCCCCAAUCCCCCAUGGCUGCCCCGGCGUCCCCCCGCAGUGCCCGCUCACUUGACCAGGCGACAGUGUCGGAGGAGGAGGAGGGCGUGACCAUGCCCUGCCGGCGCCUGCCGCUCUACGUGGACUUCGAGGAGAUCGGCUGGUCGGGGUGGAUCGUGUCGCCGCGGGGCUACAACGCCUACCACUGCAAGGGGUCGUGCCCCUUCCCGUUGGGCCAGAACAUGAGGCCCACAAACCACGCCACCGUACAGUCCAUCAUUCACGCCCUGAAGCUGAUCAAAAGCAUCGAGACUCCGUGCUGCGUGCCGGACAAGCUCUUUUCCAUCAACCUGCUCUACUUUGACGACGACGAGAACGUGGUGCUCAAACAGUACAACGAUAUGGUGGCGGGUAGCUGCGGCUGCCACUGA